GACACUUUAUUACCACUGCAGUCAACAACCAGCUUUUGCUCCCAACACACACAAUAUCUCCUGACCUUUCUCUUUUUUCACUCCCUCUUCUCUCCUUCUAUACUCUUUCCGCUGUUCUUUUUACCACUUUCCUGCUCCAAACUCCCUCCAUUUUAAGCUUUGUCGCCGUACUUCUGAAAUUUGUCGGCUCAACCCCAUUUCUUUCCUUCAUGUGAAGCCAGGACUUCCCUUAUAUAACCCUUUUCCUUCUUUUACCCAAAAAAGUUCUUUUUCUUGAUAAAGAAUAAUAAUAAUUUGAAUCUCUCUGGUUUAAUUUUUUUUUUUUUUUUUUGGGUUAUAUAUUGAACCAAACUCUUUAGUUUUGGUAUAUACACGAGAGUUAAGGAACCACCACAAUUAAUCAAUUAUCUUUUGGGAGCCCCUCUAGUUUCCUUCAAGAGGUCAACGGAAUGGACGGCGGUGAUUCCGUCGUGAGCUCGGCAUCAAAGGCUGAUUCCGCGAGAUCAACGGGCGCAUGCAAGAGCCACAAGGAGGCCGAGAGGAGACGGAGGCAGCGAAUCAACGCCCACCUCUCCACCCUCCGCUCUCUCCUCCCGAACACAACGAAGACGGAUAAGGCGUCGUUGCUGGCGGAGGUUGUGGAACACGUAAAGGAGCUUCGAAAGAAAGCGGCUGACGUGGAGCGUCAGCACGGGGGUCUAUGGUGUGGCGCCGCUACUGGAUCGGAGCCCGAGGCGUCGCCGUUCCCGGGCGAGUCGGACGAGGCGAGCUUGAGCUACUGCGACGGAGAAAGGAAACUCGUGAAGGCCACGGUUUGCUGCGAGGACAGGCCCGGUCUGAACCGGGACCUGGCCCGGGCGGUUCGUUCGGUCCGGGCCAAGGCUGUGCGGGCCGAGAUGACGACGGUCGGAGGGAGGACGAAGAACGUCAUGGUGGUGCAGUUCGGCGGCGGCGGAGGGGAGGAAGAUGUGCGGGCCCUAAAACGGGCUUUGAAGGCCGUGGUGGAGAAUCGGGCUUCGAGUUCUGGGCUGGGCCAAGUGGUUUCGAGGAAUAAGCGGGCCCGAGUUUAUGGUUCAAUUAAUGAGGGUGAUUAUGAACUCUUAUUGACUAAUAUUUGACUCUUUUUUUUUUUUUGGGAUAAUCUGUGAUCGCCACCAGGAGAGAGAGAAAGAGAGAAGG